GAAAAAUAUAGCAGCACACAAGACAGGAAAUUGAGGGGAAAUAAAUAAAUGGGGAACGCGGAAUUGACGAAAGGGUGAACUCAUCUUUCUUCCCUUCCCUUCUUCUUCCACAAAGAGAGAGAGGGAGGAAAAUACCAACAACAAACCACCAAGACCCUUUCUCGGUGGGCCCCACCCCCUCACAAACGCGCUUCCCUAUUCUUUCCCAGGGCUAUUUCGGGCUCAUUUAAACUGUAAAAAUGGGGGAUCAUUUAGUUGUUGAUGUGAACCGGCUUGUGAAGCCUGAGAUAUCAUCUGGGAUAGAUGAAAGGCAGCAUUCACUAUCUCCGUCGCCUCUGGGAAAGUCUUCAGCCUCAUCAUCUGCCGUGGUGGUGUCAGAGGAGAGAAUGGAUGAUGCAAAUGAUGAGGAAGCACCUCUUAUAACAAUGGCCGAGUGUCGUAUUUGCCAGGAUGAGGAUGCUAUUACAAAUAUGGAGGCCCCUUGUGCUUGCAGCGGCAGUCUUAAGUAUGCUCACAGAAAGUGUGUCCAGCACUGGUGCAAUGAGAAAGGAGACAUCACAUGUGAAAUUUGCCAUCAGACUUACCAACCUGGCUUUACUGCUCCUCCUCGACCACAACCUGAGGAGACUACCAUAGAUAUUGGGGGAGGAUGGCAUAUAUCUGGCACACCCUUAGAUUUGCAUGAUCCUCGCAUUUUGGCAAUCUCAGAAGCAGAACGUCAAAUUUUGGAGGCCGAGUAUGAUGAAUAUAAUUCAACAAACGCCAGUGGAGCUUCGUUCUUCCGUUCAGCUGCUCUUAUUUUGAUGGCUCUCUUGCUACUGAGGCAUGCAGUAACCGUAACCGAUACUGAUGAAGACGGCGAUGAAUCUAAUUUCUUUACUCUUUUCUUACUCCGGGCUACUGGAUUUCUGUUGCCCUGUUACAUCAUGGCCUGGGCCAUUAGUAUCAUGCAACGCAGAAGACAAAGACAGGAGGCUGCGGCACUGGCAGCAACACAAUUUGCUUUAGUAAUACAAUCAAGAACACCCAGGGGUCUACAUUUCACACUUGCAUCCUCACCUGCGUUAGCAUCCUCACCCGUCUUAGCAUCACCACGUCCACUAGCAUCACCAAUCGCUGUCACCACCCAGCAACAAGAACAACAAACUGCAUGAACCUGUGCAGUAGCUAUGCGGCCAUAUUUUCUGUAAGGGCUUUUCAAGAAAUGCGCCUGUCAAAUAUUUGUCGAAAAAAGGUUAAUUUUGUCAGUCUCUGUCUAUACAGGAGAAUGGUAUUUUCACAUGUAUCCUCUGUUUUGUAUUCAUUUCAUUCGUUAGGCUCGAUUAAUCGCUGACAUGCUUUUCUAUGGCAACCACAAAGAAUAGCAUAGCAAGGUUCUGAGAAUAUUAAUGUUUUCUUAAAUAUGCAGAAUAUUAUCAAAAAUGGGAGGUCUAAAGUAUUAAGACA